AGGAAUAUAAAAUGGUGAUAAAAUGUGGGUACCCCCUACCCAUCCAACAUCCCCGCCGUUCAUCUCCAUAUGCAUGUUCCCAUUUUCAGACUUGUAUUCAUGUAUUUGCCACCUCUUUCUCUUUGGCAUUUUAUCAAACAUCUGCCCUUCAUCUCUCUCUCUCUCUCUCUCUCUCCCUGAAUCUCUAUUUCUUCUAACUAAACCUCUGAUUCACAAAUGGAAAGCCGGAACUCAGAGAUGCCAUGCAAGAUCAGAAAGCGGAGGUUUCCGACAGCUUCGUCGUCAUCAUUUGCAAACAAUAAUAUCUCGCAAUUUUUGGUUGAAAAAACACGAUCUGAUUCACCGAGAAAUGAGAAAUGCAUCAACAUGUUGGAUCGGAGUAAGUGUAAAGAAGAAGAAUCGGCGACGACGAUGACCGUGAAGAAAUCAGAUACUGAUAACCGAGUGAAUAAAGUGAUCGAUAAAUCAAUUACAAAUGUGGAUCGAUCUCGAAACAAGAGUCGCACCUCAUCUGGUCGUGUUGCUACUCCCGAGAUAACAAAUCCACGCUACAAAAAUCCUUAUCGCUUUGGGGCGAAGAAUGGAAGCUUUGAGAGAAUGCACUCGGUUUUCGAUGCAAACCCAUUUCAGGAAAAAUUUGGACCUUUUGGCGAGGUUGAAACCGAGACCAAGAACCAAAAGCGUUCAAUGCUAAAACCGACCAACGAGCUGAAUGAGAUUAAACAGUCGCUCACAAUAUCCAGAGAAUUGCUGAAACUUCUAACGCACGUUUGGACCGUGGACACGAACCGUGGCUGCAAUUCAAUGACCAUUUCCCUCUCCUCAACCCUGAAUCACGAGCUCAACAAGGCUCGGUCUCAAGUCAACAAGUUAAUCCAAGAACAACGGUCCCACAACACAACGUCGUCUGAAUCCUACGAGCAAGAUAAGGUUCGUUUCGCGAUCAGGACCGUAGCACGGGAAUUGGAGAUUGAAAAGAAACUCAGACGACAAACAGAGCGAAUGAACAAGAAAUUAGGCCGAGAACUAGCAAAUACAAAGUCUUCUUUAUCGAAAGCCAUAGAAAAAUCUGAAACGGAGAAGCGAGCAACCGAGAUUUUGGAGCAAUUAUGUGAAAAGAUGGCACUCGAAAUCGAAGAAGAUAGAAUUGAGCUCGAAGAGCUGAAAAAGGAAUCUGAAAGAGUUCGCGAAGAAAUGGAAGAAGAGAGGGAGAUGCUUCGUGUAGCUGAUAUCUUACGUGAAGAACGAGUCCACAUGAAGCUCUCGGACGCCAAAUACGAGUACGAGGAUAGACAUGCCCAAGUGAACAUGAUAGCACGUGACCUCGAAGAGCUUUUAGAAGUCGAUAACAACACAAACCAUCUGAAGAAGAAAAUACCGAGGGUCUUAUCAUGGUAUGAAAGCACGGCGAACAACAAUGGCGAAGACGAAAACAACACGAGGGACGAAACUACAAGCCUGGUAUGGUACGAGAACAACAGUCAUAAAGUGGUAAAUGACGAAAACGCCCUAGGAGAGAAAUUAUUAAACAAGGGUGAAGUGGUAAAUGACGAAAAUACCCUUUUAACUAGAGAUGUAUCAUGGUAUGAGAAUGAGAACGAGAACGACAACGACAAGGGCGAAGUGGAAAUAUACGGAAACAUCAUUCGAGAGGAAACAACGAGCACGGUACACGAAGCGAUGGAACGAUACAACUCCGAUUGCAUCGAGUUGGAAUUUGGAUUGGAUAGGAAGAAUGAGAGUGAGGAGGAGGUUUUGGGGAUUUCACAUUGUUCAUAUAACAUGAAAGAGUAUGAAGAUGAAAUGGAAAGAUACAAAAUGAUCAAAGAUCUACGAGAUCGUAUAGUAUCUGGUUCUGACCUUUCACUUGGGUCUUAUACCUAACCUCAUUUCACAUUUUCGUUUCUUAUUCUAAAAAU